CAUGCACCAUCCCCCAUUUUAAUUAGACAGUAAUUUGCAACAAAAAUGGGAAGAUCCCCAUGUUGUGAUGAAAAUGGCCUUAAGAAAGGACCUUGGACCACUGAAGAAGAUCAAAAGCUUGUUGAACACAUUCAACAACAUGGCCAUGGAAGUUGGAGAGCACUCCCUAAGCUAGCAGGUCUUAAUAGAUGUGGAAAGAGUUGUAGGCUAAGGUGGACAAAUUAUUUAAGGCCUGAUAUUAAAAGAGGAAAAUUUUCUCAAGAAGAAGAACAAACAAUUCUUCAUCUUCAUUCGAUCCUCGGAAACAAAUGGUCUGCAAUUGCAACGCAUCUACCAGGAAGAACAGACAACGAGAUAAAGAAUUUCUGGAACACGCAUUUAAAGAAGAAGUUGAUUCAAAUGGGUUUUGAUCCAAUGACUCACCAACCAAGAACUGAUCUUGUUUCCACUUUGCCGUAUCUACUAGCUUUGGCUAACAUGACAGAUCUUAUGGAUCAUCAUCAUCAGUCAUCAUCAUGGGAUGCAAUGAGUAGUUUACAAGCAGAUGCAGUUCAUGUUGCGAAACUUCAGUGUCUUCAAUAUUUACUCCAAUCUUCAAAUAUUAAUAAUUCUUAUGACCAAAAUAAUGGCAUCAGCAUCACAAACAUGGAACACCAACAACAAGAACAACAACCUUUGUGUUUGUUAAACACAAUAUCUAAUGUGAAACAAGACACAAUAAUUGAUGCUGAUAGCACUACUCAUGCAGCCUCAUUUUCUCAACCACUCCCCCACCAAAGUAUGAUACCUCAACACUUUUUAGACCCACCACAAGUCUCUUUCAGUUCACAAUCAUGUUUGAAUAAUGAACAGGGUCAAAAUAGUACUAUUACAAACUUUGUAACACUUGAUGAAACAUCAUGGAUUAAUAGUGUUCCGUCAUGUUCUUCUGCUCCAAUAUCAGUUAUUCCUCCGGAUGCCAGCAGCAGCACUUCUAGCUAUGGAGCAGGAGGAGGAGGAGGACCAUCUGCAACAGCUUAUUGGUCUGAACUUUUUUUUGAGGACCCUAUUAUGCAUGAUUUAUCAUAGUAUUUCAUUUGUUUAAGGUUGAAUUGUUGUGUGUGAGUGUGACUGUGUGUUAUGCAUUUGUCAGCUUAUUGUUUUUUUUCUUUCCAUUUAACUAAAGCAUAUAGGUCUUGUUAUAGAGUUAUAUAUAUAUUUUGAUAUAUGAAUGUCUAUUUGAGUAAUAUAUGUUUUGUACAUAACUUUGGGCAGUCUCCUAGUAUCACUUUCUUAACAGUUAUU